AUUUUAAGUAAUGUCCAAAAAGACUUAAAAAUUAAAAUUUUAGCCAACAUUUUUGCUCGUUUAGAGAAUAAAACUACCAUCGUUAUUGACCAUCAUUAUGACAUUUUUCAAUAUGUUAAUGAUAUUUACCAAUUUACCGGAGAAAAAUUAAUUAAAUUGAAAAAAGAGGAAUUACUAGAAAAAAAAUAA